AUGAAUAAUGACCAAUGCAUCGGCGUUGUCGGUUCGGGAAAUAUGGGUCUUGCUAUUGCCUAUCGUUUAUUCUUAAAUGGAUUCCGUGUAGUAUUAGGAAGCCGUUUUCCAUCAAGACGACAAGGCACAAAGUAUGAAGUAGGAACCAUUGUCGAGUGUAUUCGACGUUCGUCAAUUAUUUUCGUUGCUGUUCAUCCAGAAAAUUACCAGGAUUGUCUCGUCUCAUGCUUGAAUAGUGAACCAUCAUUAUUCAAUGGAAAAAUUCUCAUAGAUCUUUCCAAUCAAACAUCUGCAAAAACACAUCAGCAGAACGAUCUAUCCAAUGCCGAACAACUUCAACAAGCAAUACCGAAUGCAUUUGUUGUCAAAGCAUUCAAUACAGUAUCAUCAUUUGUCAUGCAAAGUGAAACAGCAGGUGAACCACACAAUAUUCUUGUUGCUAGCGAUCAUUCCGUAGCCAAAGACAAAGUUAUUGCACUUGCUCGUGAGAUGAAUUUCGAAUCCUUCAACGCUGGUUCACUUCGAGCAGCACGUCGUUUAGAAAACGAUACCAAAGCUCUUUUUCCUCAUUGGCGAAUACCUAUUCUUUUCGCACUGUUCGUUCUAUGUAUAUGGCUUACCUAUAUUCUCUGCAUGUAUUACAUCAAUUACGGCGAAAGUACCUGGGAUCAGCUCUUUCUGACGAUGAUCAACAAAGCUUUAGGUCCAUGUGUUAUUACCAUGUUAGCUAUUGUAUAUAUGCCAUCGAAUCUUGCGUGCAUGUUUCAACUAGCUUAUGGAACACGAGAACGCCGAUUUCCUGCAUGGUUAGAUCGAUGGAUGUUGAGUAGAAAGUACUUAGGUCUAUUGACAUUUGCCCUUGCUCUUUGUCACGCUCUUUUUACGAUUAUUCUCUUAUCACCUGCUUAUAUACCUUCAUGGUUUCAAUCGUCUGAAAUUCGAAUCAUGGAUGCUCACAAUCGCACUCGGCGCAUCUUUUCGAACAAUCUGAUGUCGGGAACAGGUGAAAUAGCAGCAUUGCUAGGUGUUCUAACUGUUCUGUCUAUGUCGGUUCUGGCGAUCACAAGUAUUCCAGCCAUUGGUAAUCUACUGAAUUGGCGAGAAUGGCGUUUUAUACAAUCCAAACUUGGGACGACGACAUUGUUACUUGCCAUUGGACAUGUUAUUGCCGUAGGAAUACCAUUUUGGUUUCCAUUGAACGCUGUCAAAGCAUUCUCCAAUCUUUCUUCGUUAUGUUUAUAUUUGCCAGUGUUGACUAUUUUACUCAAGUUUAUUUUCUGGUUACCCUGCUUCAGUCGUCCACUCUAUCGUAUUCGUCGUGGACAAGACACACGACAAUCUAACAAAUCGAAAAUAUUACUAAAAACAACUUCAUUUUAA